GUGUUUGUUUUACUGCCGGUGUGCUCCAUGGAAACACGCUCACCCCUCACGCUUUGUUUACAUGCUUGGGGAGCAAACAGCUACGGUCAGCUGGGACAGAACCAUGCGGAGGACCAGAGCAGACCGAGGCUGUCUGACACCGAGGCUCUGCGGGACCAGACGGUCCGGACUGUGGGCGGAGGAGGGGGACACUCCGUCGUUCUCACCGAGAGAGGAGAGGUGUUUGUCUGUGGACAGAAUCAUAAAGGCCAGCUGGGACUCGCUCACUCUUCUGAUGUCUUAACGCUUCAGCUCUGCCCUGUUUUGAAUCACAAAGUCACAAAUGUAGCCUGCGGCUGGGAUUUUACUCUUCUCAUCACUGGUGAGCAGUUAAUAUAACUCACAAACAUCUUACUACAGGUAUGCUUUAUUUUUUUAUGUUUGAUGAUAGAUCUGGUUGCUCUGUUAACUCUAUAGCCCCAUACACACUGCCUUUCUGAAACUGAGCCAAGAUUGAUCGGAGCACGGUAACAGAGAUACCUGUAGAGUUUAAAUGGCCCACAAGACUGAACCGGACCCAAAAACAAACGAC